AUGGAGUGGUCGACCAGUUCUUUCCCAGGGCCCCAAGAGGAUACCACUAGUACUACUGCUGGUACUCAUCCAGACCGCCUCCCCAUCGGUCAAUUCCUCUUUCCCCAGUCAUCAGCCGCUCCAGUGCCCCAGCCAGCAGACUACUCUAUGUUUGCAAAUCACCCCUAUGGGGCCUUUACCUCGAUUGCUGGUCCUCCCUGUAGUAUUGAACCUCAUGUAUGGACAGUCAAUCCGACGGGGGGUCUUUCAAGUGAAAGAAACAUCCCACCACAAGGCGGUGUGGCGCAGACUGCCCAAGCGCCUUUUGCCUAUGAUGAAAUCCCUGCCGAGUCACUUGAUUUGUUGUAUGCUUCCACUCGUAUUACUAGUGGUCAGCCCCUGCCACUACCAGGAGACUGGAAGGAUACCAAUGCAGAUACGAACCCAGCCUGGCAUGCCCCCAAUAGCGCCAUGAGCCACCAGCUACACCCAGCUCCGGGAAGUAGAAUCCCUCGUGCCCCAUCUAGGGCUCGUAGCCCGCCAACAUUCGAAUGCAAAUGGGAAGGCUGUUCCAGCUCCACACGUUUCAGCACUGAAGGGGACCUUGUCCGCCAUCUUAAAUCAAUCCAUAUCUCCCCCGAUGCGUAUUCCUGUUUAGUUUGUGGCCAAUCUUUUGGUAGGAAGGAUCACCUCCGCUACCACCGGAGACGCCGUCAUUGUUGCUUGGUCUGAGACUCUCUGUACAUUAUUCGUGUUUCAUGUUGGUAUUUCCUGUAUUGUUCUUCUCUUCACUUAUUGCUUCUUCUUCUUUGAUUUUUACUCCGUACUAUCUAUAUAUAUACCUUUUCGG